AUGUCAUUCAAACAACUUUUGCUGGAAAUAGGCCCCGAUAGUUUAUUAUCAGACAAACUAUUACCAAGUUUACUACAAUUGAAAUCUAAUGAAGGUGAUUCAAGUGUUGCAUUAAUUUUAUCCGAAGUCUUAAUCCCUGGUUCUCAAGGUGUAACUAAUCCUAAUGGCCCUAAUAUUAGUUUUGCAGUUGUUAAUUCAUUACCUGAAGCCAGAGAAAAAGGAUUACAAUUACAAUCAUGCUUUACAACAAUCGAUAAUGAUGAUAAGUUUAAUCUUAACUGGUAUGAUGUCUUUGCUCAAAUUCAGGUUAAUUUAUUUGAUUCUUCAAAAAGAAAUAUCCAACCUUCGAUCGCCAAUAUUACUCAAUUCUUAUCAGCUCUUGAUUUCAAAAAGGGUAUAAUUGACAUAUUUCUCAAUUAUGAUUGGUGGUUUAAAAAAACUUUAUUAUAUACUUUACAUUCAAUGAAUCCCCAACAAGGAGGUUAUGAUAUUACUUCUCUGGAUAAUUUAACCCUUUGUUUUGAUGAUGAAGAAAAUAAUGAUCCACUUAAUGGUAACGAAAUUCAACCUCCUGGCUUUGCCCCUAUCAAUACAAAUAAAAAUAUAUUACGUUUCAUAAAUAUCGGUAAACUUGAAUUGCUGGUUUUAACUAAAAUAUCCCAAGAAAAUCAAGAUCAAAAUAUUUCAGAUCAAGAAAAAAAAUUAAACGCCUAUUUAAGUCAAAUUUUUGAACAUGAUUACAGAGUAUACCCAGAGUAUUUAAUUACAUCUGCUUUGUCAAUUGUUGAUAAAAACAACUUCAUCAUUGAUUUAAUCGAUGCAUUAUUCAAUGUCUUGAUGGAUCUCAUUAGUCCAUCUUUAGAUAAGGUUUUAGUAAAAUUCAAAGAAUUUGACAUACAAUUGGCGCUUAGUAAAUUGAUUGAUUAUUACAAUAGAAGAGGUGAUACUGAAUCGUCAAAUAAAAUCUUAAGCGUUGCAUCUAAAUCUGGAUUACUUGAUGAUUUAUUAAAUAAGUUUUGGUCAUUUAACUUCAAAUUAGGUUUGAGUUUUACCGUUGAUGCAUCUAACUAUGGAUAUGACUAUAAACAAGUAGUGGAAUCUAAAUUUAAAGAUCCCAAUACCAAAGGCGAAUUAUGUCAAUCACUUAUGGAGGUUUUGGAACUGAGGGCUACUCAUGACUAUGAAUGGGGUCAACAACAAAUUCUUGAAGCUAGUAACGCUGUUGCUCCAAAGAUUGUCAAAGGUGCUUAUAAAGUCUUGAGAGUUCCUGUAGUUUACUACUUGUUAGAAAAAUUGAAAAAUUCAAAUGGUUUGAUAGACGCCGAAAGAUUGAAAAAUUUACAGUUGCUGCUCUUAACAACUUAUCCAAGAUUGAUCAAUUUUGGUUGUGGCCAUGAUGAACCUAUUUUAUCCAAUGAAACCUUGUAUUCCAGUCUCUUUCCGCCACAAGUUGAAGGCGAAAUGAAGACCUAUUAUUCAAAGAUGUACAAUAAAGAAAUGGAGAUUAAAGAGAUUGUCGAUAUGUUGGUUCGCAUGAAAACAAGUAGUAUCCCUCAUGAUCAAGACGUAUUUUGCUGCAUGAUUCACUCAUUACUUGAUGAAUAUAGAUUUUUUUCGGAAUAUCCUUUGACUGCUUUAGCCUCGACGUCCCUUUUAUUCGGUGCUUUAUUACAGAAAGAUUUAAUCCAAGGCACUACAUUAACAGUGGCUUUGAAUUUUAUCUGGGAAUCAUGUAAUCAACCUCAAGAUUCCCAUUUAUUCAAAUUUGCUGUACAGUCAUUAUACAAUUUCAAAUCUAGAUUACAUGAAUAUCCCAUCUAUUGUAAACACUUGUUGGAAUGUCAAUCCUUAUCUGCACAUGCUAAAAUGUAUCAAAUAGUGAAGGAUGCUUCAAAUGGUAUAGCCUGUCCUGAUUCAAAUGCUGCUAAUUCUGGUCAUUCUCAAUCUCAUGAUGGGUCACCUGCACCAUCUUCUCAAAUCGAUGAUUCAAAACCAAAUUACCAAUCUAUCACUGUUACUGAUAAAACAAUUGGUUUUAUCCAACAAGAGAAACCAAGUGAAUCUAUUUCUGAUAAAUUGUUAUUCUUUGUUAAUAAUAUGACAGCUGAUAAUUUAGCUUCUAAAUUACCAGAAAUUAAAGAGAUUUUGACUGAAAAUUACUUUUUAUGGUUUUCCACAUACUUGGUAUCUGAUAGAGCCAAAGCUGAACCAAAUAACCACGGAUUAUAUGCUGAAUUGGUAAAACUGUUAGAAAACCCAAUCUUUGUUGAAUACGUCUUGAACGUUUCAUUAAAUGAAGUAGAGCAUUUGAUUAGAAAUUUCAAAGACUCGUCCACGGAAAGAAAUCAUUUAAAGAACUUAGGUGCUUGGUUAGGUAAAAUUACUUUGGCAGACGAUAAACCAUUAAGAAGAGAUCAAAUAGCUUUAAAAUUCUUAUUGGUUGAAGCAUUUGAUUUCAAAUCUUUGCAUUUGAUUAUUCCAUUUGUUUGUAAAAUUUUAGAUCAAGCUCAAUAUUCCAAGAUCUUUAAACCACCUAAUCCUUGGGUUUUAGGUAUCAUAAAAGUUUUAGCUGAGCUUUAUGAAUGUGCUGAUUUGAAGUUGAAUUUGAAAUUUGAAGUUGAAGUCUUAUUGAAUUCCUUCAAAUUGAAAAUAAAGGAUAUUGAACCAUCUACAUUGGUCAGAAGUCACAAUCCUAAACCUUCAGCCUUGGCAGCUAUGUUUGGUAUUCAUCCAGAGAACACUAUCACUAAUGAAAUGUCUAGAUUGGUUCUUGAUGGAAAUGAAGUUCCCGGUUUACACAUGCAACAACAGCAAAAACUUCAAGCUCAGCAACAAGCGCAAUUAUUACAAGCACAAGGAAUUCAACCUCAAAUCCCACCAGUUGGAGGUAUUGAUGAUCCAUCCAUUGCUGCUGGUGCCCCACCUGCUCCGGAUGCUAUUGCUGGAUCUACAGGUCAACAAAAUUCUGCAUUCAGUACUUUGGUUGGUAAUACUAUUUUCACUCAAAAUCCAAACUUGAGACGUGCUUUCCAAGCUUCUUUAUCUAGAGCUGUUCGUGAGUGUGCUAUCCCAAUUUUGAGUAGAGUUUCUGAAGCCGUCUUAACUACAACUGAAGCUUUGAUAAGAAAAGAUUUUGCUACCGAAGCAGACUUGACCAAGUUUCGUUCUAGUUAUCAAACUUUGGCUCAGCAACUUUCCCAUAGUAUGGUAGUUUGCAGUGGUCGCAAAAUCUUGAGUGAAACCAUUGAGGCUACAAUGAUAAGCUUAUUAGGUAAUAUUAACCCAGCUGAAUUACCUUUGGCUGAAUUAAAUCUCGCUAUUCAAUCCAAUGUUGAUUUAUGUGUUGAUAUUGUUGAUAAGAUUGCUGCCGGUAACAUUGGAGAUAUGAUUGAUGAAAGAAUGCAAAAGUAUGUUCUUGCACGUGAACACCAUCCAGCUGGCAAGCCUUUUGUUGAAGAAUUCGCUUCUGAUUAUGCUUUGAGAUUACCCCCACCAUUAGGAUUACAACCAGAAGGCUUAAGCUCAAGUCAAAUUAAUAUUUACGCGGGUUUUGGUACCAAUGGAUCGAUUGUGAAAGCUGACAGUGAAGCACAAAUUACUCCUGGUAUUGUACCAGAUCAAUCUGGUACAACUCCAGUACCAAGUGCUGCUAUUCCAGUGACUCUGAUGACUCCUCAACAGCAAUUGUCAUCUAUGAAUCAACCACCUCAAACUCAAUUACAACAACCACCAAGAGUUGACGAUCUCGUUUCUAUUGAUCAACUUUUCGCUGCUAUUACACAGAAUUGUGAAAAGGCAAUUGAAUUGUUAACUAAUGUUAAAGAGACCAAAUUGAGUGAUUUGGGUGCUGACCAUCCUAUCAUGAAUUCUUUAACUCAAGCUUUGAGUCUUGCUCAAAGUAGAGCAUUGAAAUCUCCUGAGUUAUUGUUGAAGGUAGCACAGUAUGCUGUGAAUUGCUUGUUUACCCAGCUGAAUGAUAAUCCAAUGAGCAAUGAGAUUUAUGUUGUUGUUUUGGAUAAAUUGUGUGAAUAUUCACCCUCAACUGCCAAGGAUGUCAUUUGGUGGUUGGUUCAUUCAUCUGAUCAACGUAAAUUCAAUAUGCCGGUUAUGUUUUCUUUAUUGAAAGUUCAACUCGUUCAACCAAUUAAAUUGGAUGCUUCUGUUGGUAAACUCAUUAGUGAUAGUAAUAGUCCAAUUGUGGUUAAGUUUGCCGCAAGUUUAUUAUUGAAUGUUUUCAGUUCUGAUGAAUUGAGACCAAUUGCUUUAAGAUCUGAAUUUGCUUUCACUUUAGACGCCUUAUCUAAGUAUGUUGGAGACGAAUCCACAGAAGAAGGUAAACAAGCUAAGAAUGCCCGUGAUGAUUUGUUUGAAUUUUUGAAAAAAUCUAGUUUGCCUGCUGCCGGUGUAGAAAAAACACCAGAACUUUACACGCAAAUGGGAUACAUUUUCACCGAAUGGAUCAAACUUUUAACUCAUGGUGAAAGCACAGAAAUUUUACAAAAAUAUUUCAUUCAAGACUUAUUUAACAAGAAAAUUUUGGUUGAACCAGAUUAUUUUGAAGCAUUUUUCAAAGCUGCAACCGAAGUUUCAACCACGGCUUUUGCCACUGAACACGAAGUUAGAAGUAGAACUCAGCGUGAAGUUUUCCUCGCUGUUGACGCUCUUGCUAUUUUAAUUGUUCAAAUAAUUUUGAAUUUUGAUAAAGAUCAUCCAGAGGAAGCUAUUGAUUACUUGAGAAACAUUUUUGGUAUUCUUAUUUUGGUAUUAACUAAUGAUCAUGAGGCAGAAAGUAAUUGGAAUGAAAGAGCAUAUUUCAGAAUUUUUUCAUCGUUAUUAUGUUGGUGGAAUGAAGCAUCUGUCACAGAUAAAGAUGCCACUAGUCAUUUAGACAGUUACUUUUUCCCUUUCAUUGGUGAAGUUUUCAAUUCUCUUCAACCAAUUAUCUAUCCAGGUUUUACAUUCGCUUGGAUUUCAUUAAUCUCGCAUCGUAUGUUUUUACCAAGAUUACUUGAACUACCAGAAAAGAAGGGAUAUCCAACAGCGGUUAAGUUAAUGACUGCAAUUUUGAAAUUUGAUAGUGUUUACGCUAAAGACGAAUUCGUUCAUCAUGAUGUCAUUAAUGUUAUUUUCAAAGCCAUCAAUAGAAUGUUUGUUGGUUUAUCUCAUGACAACCCUGAAUUUUUGGCUGAAUGUCAUUAUCAAUUGGUAACUGCAGUGCCAAAUAAUUAUGUCCAAUUGAAAAAUAUCAUAUUAUCAGCCACUCCAAAGAACAUCCAACUUGUUGACCCCUUCACUCAAGGCUUGAAAGUUGAAAGAUUACCAGAAAUUAAUGAUGCACCAACGGUUGCUUAUAAACCAUCGGAUGAUUUGGUCAAAGUCGGAUUGAAGAAACCAGUCGAUAACUUCUUACGUAUCCCAGCACCAACCUUGAUGAGAUCGAUUUAUAAUGGUACUAAAUUGAACCAUCCUAAGUAUUCAUCCGAUUAUGGUUUUACAACCGUUCACUAUAAUGUUAAAUUAAUCAAUGCUUUAGUUUUACAUAUCGGUAUUUCUGCUGUUGCUGAUAGAUUACCUAAUAACGUUAGAGGUUUUAAUACAAAAUCUUCUCAUGUUGCAUUAUUAGUUGACUUGGUUAAUAAUGGAUCUCUUGAAUUUAAAUUCCAUAUAAUUAAUUCAAUUGCUAAUCAAUUACGUUAUCCAAAUAGUCACACCCAUUGGUUCAUUGGUAUCAUACUAUUCUUCUUUAGCUCCAACUCCAUUUGGGGUCAAGGAAAUGCUAAAUUAACCAUUCAAGAGAUUAUUACCAGAGUUUUACUAGAAAGACAAAUUGUUAAUAAGCCUCAUCCAUGGGGGUUGACAAUUGUUUUCACAGAAUUAGUGAAAAAUGGCGAUUACGGAUUCUUUGAAUUACCAUUCGUCAAAGAUGCAUCCCCUGAAUUGAAAGUUAUCUUUGAAGCAUUAUCUAGAAAUGUUAAAGGUGGACCUGCUCCAUCAAAUCCAUCAAACCCAACCUUGGCUCAAGUAGUUAGUGAAGGCACAACUGCUUAA